AUGGAAACGUGGUUUUGGGUUCUCGGCUGGUUCCUUUGCAUCUUCACGAUGGUUGGAAAUGGAUUUGUCAUCUUCCUCGUCUGUAGUAAGCGUCAGCUUCGCACUAAGACCAACACAUUCAUCGUGUCUCUAGCAGUGGCUGAUUUUUGUGCCGGGAUGAUUGCUGUUCCGUCGCCAUUUCUGUGCAAAAUGGAAAAUAUGUGCAUCUCCGACGAAAAAUUAAUAUUACUUAUAAUAAGUCUGAGGGUGUUCUUCAUUUACGCUUCUGGAACAAACUUGUUUAUUUUAGUAUUAGAACGCUAUGUCGCCGUCGUGAAACCUUUGGAAUACUUGACUUUUAUGAAGCGCCGCCGAGUUAUUUAAAUGGUUCCUACAUCUUGGGGAAUUCCUUUUCUUUUUUCUUUGACUGUAUCGUCGCGAUCGAUUGGGUUCAAUUCAACUUAUCGCAUCAGGAAUAUCGCAGGCUAUUUUUAUUUGGUUAUCGAGGUGAUAUUGUGCAUAAUUUUAACAUUUUGUCUUGCAUCCAUGUUUCGUGUUCUUUACAAGCAGAACUCUAGAGAUCGCACUUUAACUAUGCAGUUGCAGUUUAAUCAACGGGUCACUAGAGUUAAAACUCGGAAUACGUCAGCAGUAAAAUGGGUGGCAUUGGUAACGUGUGUGUUUCUAUUGUGUUACGGAAUACUAAUGCGUUGUAGUUUUUUAGUUUUAACUGGUCAUAAGUGUACUGACGAUCUUCAUUACAAAUUACCUGUACAAGUUAUUAACUCUGGAUUAAAUCCUAUAGCUUACGCUCCGUUCAAAAGAGAUAUAAAGCAAGAAUGUAAAAGGUAUCUUUUC